AUGGCUUCAUUAAUGAAUUAUUCAUCUAUAUUAAUUCUUCUCUUAGCUUGUGUUAAAUUUGCAGCAGCUGAGACUUAUUAUGUUGGACCAACCAUUGGUGGUGUUGUUGGUUUGAUUAUUCUUAUUUUGGAUAUUAUCGCUGCCGUUGAAAUUCUUCGCUCAGGCAAAUCUAUGGUAGAAAAACUUCUCUGGAUUUUAUUCAUCGUUUUCUGUCCUAUCAUUGGUUUGAUUGUUUAUUUACUCUGUGGUCGUGCUCGAUCUGUUGAUCUUUAA